AUGGAGCGGGUGCGCUGGCAGGUGGUGGCGGCGGCGGCCGUGGGGCUGGCGCUGGCCCUGGAGGCUCUGCCCGCGGCGCUGCGCUGGUUGCGUGUCGGACGGCGGCGGAGGCCCCGGCACGAGGUGCUCUUCUUCCCGUCGCAGGUGACCUGCACCGAGGCCCUGCUGCAGGCCGCGGGGCCCGGGCCCUCGGCGCCCCCCGCGGGCUGCCAGUGCAGCCUGCCCCACGGCGAGAGCUCGCUGAGCCGCCUGCUGCGCGCCCUGCUGGCCGCCCGCGCCAGCCUCGAGCUCUGCCUCUUCGCCUUCUCCAGCCCGCAGCUCGGCCGGGCCGUGCAGCUGCUGCACCAGCGCGGCGUGCGCGUCCGCGUCGUCACCGACUGCGACUACAUGGCCCUCAAAGGCUCGCAGAUCGGCCUGCUCCGCAAGGCAGGUAUCCCGGUUCGGCACGACCAGGACCUGGGCUACAUGCAUCACAAGUUCGCCAUAGUGGACAAGAAGGUGCUGAUCACCGGCUCCCUCAACUGGACCACACAGGCCAUCCAGAACAACCGGGAGAACGUGCUCAUUUUGGAGGACGAAGACUUCGUGCGGCUGUUCCUGGAGGAAUUCGAGCACAUCUGGGAAGAGUUCAACCCUGCCAAGUACACCUUUUUCCCGCAGAAGAGGAGGAGUCACUGA